AUGGCUGAGGGACUAGGAGCCACGUGCGCAACAGAAGUGGAUGCAUCCGUAACACACGUCGUGGCUAUGGAUGUGGAAACAGAGAAGGCAUGUUGGGCCAAAAAAGAGAAGAAGUUUGUGGUGCAUAGAGGGUGGAUAGACCCAGCGCAUUACCUAUGGAAGAAGCAGCCAGAAGAGAAGUUUGCGUUAGGAGCAGCUCAAGAAGCAAGCAACGGAAUAGACUUGUUAUGA